AUGUCAGAGCGAAAAGCCUCUCAGCCGGCCGUCGAGGGCCAAAAGAACAAAGAUGAGACGGACCUCAACACCAUUCUGAACGAGAGCCAGCGCGCCGACCUGACUUUACUCGUUGCCAAUGCGACCGAGUCAAUGCGAAAAUUAAUCAUCGACAACUUCGACGCAAUGGCUGGUCUGGACAAGAAGCUUCUUCGGGCCGGAAUGACCGAGGAUGAAAAGCUAAUGGCGGCGGACCCUGCGAACGCCGACGUUGGCGCCUAUGACCGAGAGCGCAAACUCAAGGCGGACAUGGAAAAGGACCUUACGACACUAAAAAUGAAGAAUCUGAAGAAGAACUCUCUCAAGGCCUUCGACGACUGGCGCGAACAGGUCAUCUUACGGGUCGGACAAGUCGUGAACUCGGAAAGGACUGCUCAAGAGCAGAUGCAGAAGGGUGCAAGGGCCGAUAAAGCGAAGCCGCAAGCCCCGAAUACCACCGGCAAGGUGAUGGAAGCUGGCAACCGCACCAUCAAUCUCAAGUUCAAGGAUUUGUUCCCGCCGACGAGGACUCCCUUGACCAAGAUGGCCAUGAGCGAGCGGACACUGAUUCUCCAUUCACUACUUUUGCUGCUCUUGUCGCUGGAACACUACAACGCAUACUCUCGCGUCCUUUUGCUCAACCUAACUUCAUCGUUGAAAUUGCCACUGAAGACCUUCGAGCAAGAUGAGUAUGCUACAGCCAAAGGACUCCUCGAAGCGGCAAAGGAAAUGUCGGCAGACGACGAGAUAAAGAGAAAGGUCAAGGAGAACGAGGAGACGAGGAAAAGAAGGGUCCGGUAUGCCACCGUCGCGGGAGCUGCCAUUCUUGGUGUCACCGGCGGCAUGGCCGCACCUCUUGUGGCUGCAGGUGUCGGUUCUGUAAUGGGUGGAUUGGGCUUGGGCGCAACAUCUGCAGCCGCCUAUCUUGGGUCUGUGGCUGGGAGCUCGGUUCUUGUUGGAAGUCUGUUCGGCGCGUAUGGUGGCAGGAUGACAGGCCAGAUGAUGGACUCGUAUGCUCGUGAGGUUGAGGACUUUCAGUUCCUCCCGAUCCACGGCAGCAGCGGCAAGAAGACGAGUGAAGACCAAGACCAAGGCGCCCAGGAAGCCAGCGAACACGACCACAAGCUUCGCGUCACGAUUGGCAUUUCUGGCUGGCUGACCGAGAAAGAAGAAGUUGUCAAGCCAUGGCGGUCUCUUGGGACAGGCGCCGAGAUUUUCGCCCUCAAAUACGAGCUUGAAGCGUUGUUGAACUUGGGCAAUGCCAUGAACGGGAUGGUGCAGUCGGCCGCAUGGAGCUACGCUCAGAAGGAAAUCAUUGCACAGACCAUUUUUGCCGAUCUUGCAGCAGCGAUGUGGCCAAUGGCGCUGAUGAAAGUGGCUAGGGUCGUCGACAAUCCCUUCAGCGUCGCUAAAAGUCGAGCCGACAAAGCCGGCGAGGUCUUGGCCGACGCCCUGAUCAACCGCGCCCAAGGGGAACGACCAGUCACACUAAUCGGAUAUUCCCUAGGAGCCCGGGUCAUCUACACCUGCCUGAUGAGUCUGGCAAAACGUAAGGAAUUCGGUCUCGUCGAAAAUGCAGUCUUGAUCGGCGCUCCGACACCAAGCGAUACGAGCGACUGGAGAGUCCUUCGAAGUGCGGUGGCGGGUAGACUUGUCAACGUCUAUUCGGUCAAUGACUAUGUCCUCGGGUUCAUGUACCGCACGUCCGCAAUUCAAUAUGGUGUUGCCGGCUUACAAAAGGUCGAAGGUUUGGCAUCGGUGGAGAACUUCGACGUGUCCGAAGAUGUGAGCAGCCAUCAGCGCUACCGCUAUCUCAUUGGCGCGAUCCUGAAGAAGAUCGGGUUCGAGGAUAUCGAUAUGGCUGCCAUCGAGCGUGAACAGGAAGAACUGGCGAAGAUGGAGGAAGAAGAGAAGAAGCAAUCUCUUGCGGCUCAAAGAAAGUGGCUUCUGAGACGCGAAUCGAAUGGCGGCAAGGUAGACGAGGCUGCCGAAGGAGAAGCCGAAGCUGACGAACUGGAAAAGAAGAUCCAGGAGCAGACCAAGAAGAGCCUGGUGACGAGAGCGAUCGAGUACUUCUACAUGCCGAGCGGGCCGAGUGGAAAGGACGCUCAGAAGGUCGCCGGCAACCUCGCAAAGGCUGCUCGGGACCCUACCGAGGCUGGCGACGUGGCGGGUCAAACGGCCAAAGACGUUCAAACGUCAACGGAGAGCUAUGCGACCUAUAUCUACAAACAUUUACCUAGCAUGCCAUAUGUUAACCGCACGACGGCGACUGACCCAGGGCAGAAAUCCGUGCCGCUCGAAUCGGCCAAGACGACCCAAGCGCAGCAAGCAACAGAGGGGGAAACGAGCCAAACGCAGCAGGCUACAGAGGGGCUAACGGGCCAAGCGCAGCAGGCUACAGAGGGGGUAACGAGCCAAGCGCAAAGCUACGCCCAGCAAGCCUCGCAGUACUUACCGUCCCUACCAAGCAUGCCAUUACUGUCGAGUCCCGGUAAAGGUAAAAAGGAAGCCAAAUCGCGGCCGGUAGAAUCAGCUACAAAAAAGCCUACGGAAUCCGCGUCAAAAGGAGCAGAUAGAGCCACCUCCGCCGCCAAAACCACGGCAGGGACCGUCUCUGACGUGGUCACACCGACUGUCGAGAAUACUCUAAACCCGACCGAGAAUCCCGCCGUCAAAUCCACAAAACGCACAGCCAAACAGGCACCAAUAAUCCAUCAAGCCAAAGAUCGUACGCCUGCUCCAGUGAAGGAGAAGACAGAAGAAGUCUCCAACGCUACAGGCACGACUGUACAGAACGCGGCACAGACGGCACAGAAUGCCACAAAUACGGUGACGAACAACGCAGGCGAGUCCGGAAAAGUGGUAACCAGUGGUCCUCAGAAUGCCGGCCAGACUGUCGCCGAGGGAGCCCAAACCACGGCCAAGACAGGCCAGGGCUAUACCUCGCGAGCGGCAUCCUAUCUGCCCAGCAUGUCGAGCUUGGGCUUUGGAGGCGGCGGCGGAACGAAGAAACCGAAACCGGAACCGAAACCUGAACUGAAACCUGGACCACCAAAACUGCAGAAACGACCCUCGGAAGCAAAGAAAGAUGUCCCCGACGAUGCAGCGAAGAGCGCGCCACCGAAACUCGAGAAAAAGCCCUCAGCGAAGCUCGAUCGUCGCCCUUCCGGUAUAGAGUCUCCUGCACCCAACCUGGAACGAGUUCCAUCAGGACUAAAGUCCCCUCCUCCGAAACUCGACCGCCUCCCUUCUUCCGGCGUAAAGUCACCGCCGCCAAAACUCGAUCGCGCCUCAUCUGGUUCUGGGGCAAAAUCCCCGCCACAAAAACCCGGUCGCGCAAUGUCUGGUUCUGGGGUGAAAUCCCCUCCUACAUCUGUCCCGACACCAAACCUGGUAGAGCGAAUAAGCAGCGCGAGCGAGAGUGGGAUCAAAUCGCCGCCGCCGCCGCCGCCAAAGUUAGGGCCCAGGAGGGCGUCAAGCCAGCAGCAGGCGCAUACUCCCCAACCACCCACGCCGGCGGCGAUUGGUGAGAGGUUAGCUAGUAUACCGUCUGGGAGCACUGGAGGUGGAAGCGCCGCGAAGGAGGCCGGGAAUGCUGGUGCCGCGGCCGCUGGCACGGCGAGUCAAGCGGUCGGCGCUGUAUCGAGCGCGGGCAAGCGCGCGGGGAAUAACAUCACUGGUUCUGGAUCUGGAUCAGGGCCAGGAAAAGGGACAGGCACGGGGACGGGGAAAGGGACAGCAAGUGAUGGCGCGUCCAAGCAAAGUGGUGGUCCCACAUCGGCGCAACGACAAGGUGAAAGCUCGGCACCCUCGCUGCCUGGAGCUGGAGUCGGAGUCGGAGUCCCGAAAGGGGUCGCGAGCUCGGCGGCCAACGUGGCCGGCAGGGCUGGAGAGACGGGGAUUAACGCGGCAAAGGCUGGAGGGGGAUACCUCGCUGGCGUGGGCAAGUCCGUUGGAUUGGGUCGAUGA